AUGAAUUCGCAGGGUGCCAACGAUGUGUCCCCCGAGGCCAUGCAAUCGCGGAUUCAGCAGGCGCGUCGCGAGGCAGAAACACUGAAGGAUCGCAUCAAGAGGAAGAAGGAUGAGCUGUGCGACACCAGCCUUCGAGUCGUGGCACAACAGGCGCACGAGCCUAUCCCCAGAAACCAGCUUAUGAAGGCGAAGCGCACCCUCAAAGGCCAUUUGGCCAAGAUUUACGCUAUGCACUGGUCGACCGACCGCAGACAUCUCGUCUCUGCCUCGCAAGAUGGAAAACUCAUCAUUUGGGAUGCCUACACCACCAACAAAGUCCAUGCCAUCCCCUUGCGGUCAUCAUGGGUCAUGACCUGCGCCUAUGCCCCCAGCGGAAACUUCGUGGCCUGCGGUGGUCUCGACAACAUUUGCUCCAUCUACAACCUGAACCAGCAGCGAGACGGUCCCACACGUGUAGCCCGGGAGCUGUCCGGUCACGCUGGCUACUUGUCCUGCUGCCGAUUUAUCAACGACCGCAGCAUCCUGACCUCAUCUGGCGACAUGACCUGCAUGAAGUGGGACAUCGAAACCGGCCAAAAGGUUACCGAGUUUGCCGAUCAUCUUGGCGACGUCAUGAGCAUUAGCCUCAAUCCUACAAAUCAAAACACCUUCAUCUCUGGUGCCUGCGAUGCCUUCGCCAAGUUGUGGGAUAUUCGGGCUGGCAAAGCCGUCCAGACGUUUGCUGGCCACGAAUCAGACAUCAAUGCUAUUCAAUUCUUCCCCGACGGACACUCCUUCGUAACCGGCUCCGACGAUGCCACCUGCCGCCUCUUUGAUAUCCGAGCAGACCGCGAGUUGAACGUCUACGGGUCCGAAUCCAUCCUCUGUGGCAUCACUUCCGUCGCAACAUCGGUAUCUGGACGGCUGUUGUUUGCUGGCUAUGACGACUUCGAAUGCAAGGUUUGGGAUGUUACCCGAGGCGAGAAGGUUGGCUCGCUUGUGGGCCACGAAAACCGUGUGAGCUGUUUGGGAGUGAGCAACGACGGCAUUAGCUUGUGCACGGGUUCAUGGGAUUCGUUGUUGAAAAUCUGGGCCUACUAA